AUGGAGAAGCUUCUUAAGCCACAUGAUAAGGAGUGCAUGAGGAUGGCCAUUUUAAAGCAUGAAGAAACAUUCAAAGAGCAGGUAUAUGAACUUCAUCGUCUAUAUCAUAUCCAGAAGAUAUUGAUGAAGAGUUCCAUUGGUAAAAGUAGGCCAAAGGGACAGAAACAAGAGAGUUGGAAUUUAAAUAAUGAAACCAGCUUCAGUCAGUUGAAUUAUCAUCAGCAUGAGGCACAACAGUUUAACCCACAAAGGAAACUAGAUUUAGAACAGCCUGCAGCAGCAGCAGAAGAGUACAUUGCAGACACAGAUGGAGAUGAUGGGGUGUUAGAGAUCAUAGAUGAGAGUGAGAUUGAGUUGACUCUGGGCCCCACUAGAUACAACAACAACAACAACAACAACAACAACAUCACCAACAGAAGGAAGAGAGGAGAGGCACCACUAACAUCAGAUUCAGGGCCAAGUUUCUCUUCUUCUUCAACUGGAUCAAGCCAUGUGAACAGGACAAGUAGUUCCAGGACCCAUCAGAGAAAACAUGGCCAGGUGCCUGACAUGACCUCAGGGUACAGAAAUGGAAGUAAAAACAGCAGCAAUAUUGAUCCUGUUGAAGAACAAUUGAGACAGGAUGAGAGGCUAAAACUGCCUCCAUGGCUUUUCCAAGUUUUGAGCUUGAACAUGACUUGA